CAAAUCAUAGAAAAAUAAUGUUAAACGUAAUAUCCGGAAAUUAAAGAAUAAAUCAUUGCUAAGACAUAAUAUUCUGAAAUUAUAAGCUUAAUUGAUUAAGGCCCAUUAGAAAACGGCCAAACGAGUUUCGUUAUAAAUAGUAGCUUUAGGGCUCAUAGUUGAUAUUUUUUCUAGGUUUUCUUCUUCGUUUCCUUGGUUCCCAAGCUUUAGGUCACCAAGUUGCGGCGGAGCUAUUCCCUCCCCGCUGAGGUACGGUGUUUCUAGUUUCUGUCUCAAAUCAUGUUAUCCAAUUCAAAUCAAGGUCAGGCGGAUCUCCGGCGGCGGGUCAUGGCAAAUAAUGUGAGUGAUGCAAGAUUCAGGAGCUCAGGUCCUAACGCUUCAGCUAAUCUUCAAGUUCCUCAACCUAAUUAUGGGAUGAUACAACCUGCACCACAUGGACCACGUAAUGAUUUCAUAUCGCGUAGAAUGUUUCCAAAUAGAUUUCCGCCGAGUGUGGCAAUCAGUGAGCCACCUCUAGAAAUCAGAAGACUUGUCGAGGAAACUGCACUUUUAAUUUCCAAGAACGGGUUGGAGAUUGAGAGAAAGGUCAUGGCCCUUAAUAUAAAUGAUGCCAGAUUCAACUUUAUGUGGAGCUCAGACCCUUAUCACGCCUUUUACCAUCUCAAGCUUACAAACUACCGUGCUCAGAAUCAAGGUGGAGCUCAGGUUAACCAAUAUGAUGCUCCAGCUAGUCACGAGCGUGUUGUAGGUGAAGCACAACUCCAUCUUAAGCGUCCUCAACACCUUUCAACACAAAUGCAGCCUGGUACGCUUGUGCACCCUCCUCCAGUGAUACCUCAGUUUCCUCAGUUUCAAGUUUUUCCACCACCAGCUAUGCCAGCUAGAAUGUUUCCUCCUCCACCACUGCCUCUACAUGACUUGUCAGAACUUGCUCCAGAAGUCAAAGAAAACAAGUUUUUUGCUCAACAACCGUGUUCCUCCACCAUCGGUGAUGACUGGGAAGUCAUUGACAUCCCAGUGCAGUCUUUCUUGGAAAGAUUGGCAAAUUGGGAGAUGCAAAUUCCAGCAAACAAAUAGAAGUUAAGUGGAAGAGUCGGUGUUUGUAAAAGAUGCAGCUGCGAAAUGCUUUUCAAUCUCUAACUGUUCUUUAAUCUUAAACAUAUCUUUAUUAUUGUGAUGUGAUUGAUACUCAUGGUAGGCUAAGAUCUCUGUUUCUUGAAUUCC